CUACUACUCCUUGUCCUCCAUCCUUGGCGUCCACGGACCUCUCCUCCUCUUCAUUGCAUAGGGUGUGACCACUCUCCCGCCAAGAUGUCAGAAAAAAAGAUGUCAUCCAGUCGGAAAUACCAUCUCAAGAGCUUGAUGCUCUCCAUCGCCAAAGGCUUGCUGGAGACAGAGAUCACAGACAGAGAAGAGGAGAAGAGCCGAUACAUGUCAGAAAACUGCCCAUCUCUGUCUUUGCCCAGUGGUUCACAAGCCCUAAUGGAACUCUGCAGAGAGAUACACCACAAAAUUGAACGGAUUGAUGAGGAGAGAUACGACCUGGAGGUGAAAUCCACCAAAGGCGCUAACGAAAUUGAUGACCUCAAAAUCAAGGUGAUUGACUUGAAGGGCAAAUUCAAGAAGCCGGUCUUGAGGAAAGUGCGUAUGUCGGCCGAUCAAAUGCUUCAGGCUCUGCUGGGCUCCAAACACAAGGUGAACUUGGAUCUGAGGGCGAACCUGAAGCAAGUCAAGAAGGAGGUCAAGGAGGAGGAGAAGGAGUUGCGUGAUGUUGGUGACUGGCGUAAGAACAUUGAGGACAAGGCUGGUAUGGAUGGCAGGAAGAAGAUGUUUGAGGGAGGCGAGGUUUAAGUGUUCUUUUCCCAGCAGCUAAUCUUUUUCUGGCUAUAAGUAGGAUAUAUGCUAUAGUUUCCCACAAAAUAACAAAACAGCCAUCUCUGAAAUAAUAAAUCCCUGAAACUUUUUUUCAGCAAUUCAACAUGAUAUGUGUCUUAAGGAUUCAAUCUUAUAUUUGUCACUUAUCUUGGUGUAUGAUUUUGUUUAUAGAUGACUUAGAGAUGAAUAACGCUCUCUUGCAAUAGUGAUCACCCUCCAAUUACUCACAUGAGGAAUUAUUGACAUUUCAUUUACAUUUGUAACGAGCCAAUUAACUCA